AUACACACCAUUCUGCGAUCAUGUUCCCUACACGGAUCCAUACACUCCCACUGGCACCCGAAACACAUUUGUCAUUCUAACAAGCAGUCACCAACAUCACUUUCCUUUCUACAACACAUCAAAGUUCACAGCUUUUUUGUUCUUUCUAAAUCACCACCUCGAUUCACGAACUGGGUCAUCCUUUGAUUGUGGAUUGAAAUUCAUUUGGAGCCACACCCCUAAUUUUCUCUUACUUUGACUUUCCACCCAAGACAGUGUUUGUGUGCAGGAAAACAGUAAAGUUGGUUGCUUUAUUGGAAUACGAUGAAACUUGGCGCUGCCCUUUAUUCCUCUUUUUAGUUUUUAAGCUUGGCUUAUUCUGGGUCUGUGAGUACUUCACCGGAAAGUUUCAAUUUUGGGGGCUUCCGCUUCUGGUUUUGUUAAUUCCCAGUUGCCUUCUGAGUGAACUCAAGUUGUCAAGUCCGGGCUUCCUACUUCUCUCUCACGUUUUGGUGUAGAGUGUUGCCUUUCUUUUGUUCUUUUAUUCCUUCCUGUGUUGGUUUACGUGCAGUGAAGUUUGUUUCUAUUUUUGGAUCUGCUUCUGCCUAGGCUUUUGGGGUUGUUUGUCCGUGUCUGUGUUUUGUUGAGCUGGGUUCUGGAUUAGAGAGUUGUGUUCUUCUGCUGGUACUAGGUUGUUUAGCACAAGUUUUCUUGCUGUUGGAUUUAACUUCUAAGUGUCAUUUGUGUCUUCUUUCUUGGUUUGCUUGGACUUGGGGUUAAUUGACUUUGUUGUAGCUUUGUUGUCUGCCAGGGUCCUGGUUACUUUGAUAUAUCAUCAUGGAUUCCCCACAAUCUGUUGUAUCACCCUUCAGAAGCUCAGUUUUGGGUGAGGGUGAGAAGCACAAGUCUGAAGUUUUCUCGGGAAACUCUAGUCCCUUGUCCAAGGACAUUGAAGUGAAUGGGAAGGAAGUUAUCAUGUCAAAUGUAGAGGAGUGUCUUGGAGUUCUUGAUGUUUACAUACAUCAGGCAAGGGACAUUCAGAACAUUUGCAUAUACCACAAGCAAGAUGUUUACGCUAGGAUAUGCCUGACCAGUAAUCCUGAGAACACCGUGUCUACCAAAACCAUCAAUGGAGGAGGAAGGAACCCUGUGUUUAAUGAGAAUCUUCAAGUCAAUAUUAAAACUGUUGAUGCUUCUCUCAAGUGUGAGAUAUGGAUGCUUAGCAGGGUGAAGAAUUAUCUUGAGGACCAGCUGCUUGGUUUUGCCUUGGUGCCUUUGUCUGAAGUUCUAGUCCAGAAUGGGAAACUGGAGAAAGAGUUCUCUCUUUCUUCAACUGAUCUAUUCCAUUCUCCUUCAGGUUUUGUUCAGUUGACACUGUCUUACAAUGGUGCUUCACCUGAUGUUAUGGCAAUUUCUGCAAUACCAAGCAAGGUGGCCACAGAUGCCCCUGUGCAGGAUUCGGAAACAUCCGAAUCACUGGCCCGAGAAUUUGACAAAAUUGAGUUCCCGGAUCCGAAGAUUGUGAAUGAAGACCACUUGAUGGUUUCAGAAUACUUUGGCAUUCCAUGUGAGGAGACUAGGUGCUCUGAUAGCCUGGCUACUUCUGAUGCCGAAAAUCGCAGUUGCGAAGCCGGUGUUCGCCUUGUGGAAAGCUUCUCAGCAUGCAGUGGUGAGUCUUUUCAGCCACCUAAGGUUGAUUCCCCACCCAGCAGUGUGUCAACAAAUGGGGUUUCUUCCCCUUCUGUGCCUGCAAGCUCAGAAUCAUCUGAUGCUGCUGCUUCGAAGUCUCCUAUUCAGGAGCAGGCUUCAGGCACCAAAGAGGGAAAAAAUGUGGAUGUGAAAGAUGGUGACAGUGAUUCCUCAAGUGGGGUUCCUAAUGACUCAUUCCCUAAGCCUGUUGUCACUGUGAGCAUUGAGCCUGAGCCUAAGGUGGUGCAGCAGGAUAUAGUGGACAUGUACAUGAAAAGCAUGCAGCAAUUUACUGAGUCACUUGCAAAAAUGAAGCUCCCUAUGGACUUCGAAAGUGAACCAACUAGUUCAGGAAAUUCAACCACUGAGCAAAAGCUACAGCCAUCAAAGAGCAACAAUUCCCGUGUGUUUUAUGGUAGCAGAGCUUUCUUCUGAUCUUUUGCUUCCCUUGUUCAAGGGAAUUCGGGCAGUCACUGUAGAUUUUAGAAGAAAACUGAUGUUAGUAGUGAAGUGAAAUAAUGUACUAUUCUGUGUGGUUUCCCCUUCUGUAUUUCAUCACAUGUUGGUUGUAGGUUACAGGGAAUAUAACUUUGUACUCUCACAAGCUUGUUGCUAUCUUAACUGCUACAUGAACUUUUGUGUUA